CCACCGAUUGUGGUGAAGGCUCCUAGCUCCACUUCUUCAGUGGAGGCAGAUGCCCAGCAAGAUCAACCUCCCCCACCCAUCUCCCCAGUCCCCUCACUCAAAGAGCUUCCCCCAGUGUUAGAAGAGCCACCACCACAGGGAUCUCCUGAACCAGAAAAGACUGAGGGCACACAGCCACUUCGCCUUGCUAAAAAGCAGGAGACUGCAGCCAUUUGUGGAGAGACAGAUGAAGAGGAGGUGGAGAGUAGUGGUGAGGGGAUCUUCCGAGAGCGGGAUGAGUUUGUCAUACAUGUUGAGGAUGUUCAGGCUCUCAAGCUUGCACUUCAGACUGGGCAGGAACCACCUCCAAUCUAGUGAGUACAGAAAGCUUUGCUUCAAAAGUUUAUACCAGAAAUCAAGGAUGGGCAGCGUCAGUUCUGUGCAACCAGCAAUUAUCUGGGCUAUUUUGGUGAUGCCAAGAACUGUUACCAACAACUCUAUGUUAAAUUCUUGGAGAAUAUCAACAAAAAAGAUUGUGUCCAUGUCUGUUCCAAGAAACCUUGGCACCGGCCUCUGCAAGCUGUCAGGAGACAAAGUCAGCCCAAGGCUUUUACCCCCAAGGUUCCAGUGACACCCAAAGUUGAAAAACCAGAGAAGCUGGAAGUCCCAGAGAGAGCUGAGAAACCCAAAAAGUCUAUUAAGUUUGAGAAGCUCCCCAAGGCUGAAAAAAUGGACAAAACAGAGAAUCUUCCCAAAGUGGAGAAAGCACCUAAGCCAGAAAAGCCCCCCCAGGCAGAGAAAUUAGCUAAGGCAGAGAAGCCCCCCAGAGUGAAAAAGAAGACACUCCUGUGACCAUGCUCACAAAAGAUGCCCCAGGCAGCGGAGCUUCUAAACCCAAGCCAAAGCCAGCCAAAGUGAAAGCUGAGUCACCCCCCAAGAAGAGGAAAAAAUGGCUCAAGGAAGCAGCAUCUUCUUCAGACUCAGAUUCCAGCCCUGACCAGCAGAGUGAGGAGGAACAUUUGCUCACAGGUCACAUUCUCAAUACACGAGCCAGGAAGGAGAUGUACCGCAGUUGUGUGGAAAUGCUGGUCAGCACUGCCCUUGAUCCAGACAUGAUCCAGCUCAAGGAUACAAAUGAUGAACUGUAUCUCCCACCCAUGAGGAAAAUUGAUGGGAUUUUGAACAAUCAUAAGAAAAAGGUGCUGAAGAGAGUAUCACUGAAUCCAUCGCUACAGGAGGCACUGCACAUGUUCCCCCAACUCCAUGCUGAGACAUGUGAUACAACAGUUAGGUUGAGCCCAGGUGGUGAUCCUUACAACCGCAAGACACUCAACAAACUCAAGAAGAAUGUAUCCAAACCACAGGUAAGUGCUGUGGAUGAAGGUGGUGCCCAGGAUCUGUGGUAAUCUUAUUCAUUUAUACUGAUUAUUCUUAUUUCUCUUUUCCACUAGAGAGCUCAAGGUAAGAAUAGUUGUGCUCCUACUUAUCUUCUGUUUUAUACUCACAUAUUGCAAGUGUGAACAAUAGAGCCAUGGGCCAUUAAUGAGAGUUUCAUGACUGAGAAGUGACUUGAAUGUGGUUUACUGUCAGCCUUGUAAGGUAGUCCAGACAAGAAGCACACCCAGAAGUACUAGCUUUAACUUUAUAGUAAGGUUACGUUAACAGAAUUUUGCAAGUCUGAAAGUACAUCCCCCGCCCACCUUGCCUUUACAGUUCGAGACAUCAGAGAGGGUCCCUUCUGAAACAUUUACCACACCUCCAUUCCUUCUGUGGAUUCAGCUGCUGCUUGUCUGACCAUUGCCUAGUCUGCCAUUCUUUCUCCUGUCUCUCAUGGUCAUUCCCACAUACGAUUACAAUUACCUUUUCCUACUCUGAUGCACUAAUCCCAGCUUUCCCCUACCUGGUACCCUCUUGGGAAAUGCUGCUCUGGGUUUAUAUUAUGCUCUCCAUCGCUUAUUGGUAAUCAGAAAUAGAUAGUUUAUAGCAUUGCUUCUCAACAUUGGCAACUCAAAUAGCUGACUGGGGAAUUCUGGGAGUUGAAGUCCACACAUCUUCAAGUUGCCAAGGUUAAG